GAUCUGUUCAUUCUCCUUCUGCGAUUACUCAAAUCUAGGUUUAGUUCCUUUUGCUGACGCCUCCUUUUCGAAAAUCGAAGGUUUCAGUCGAUUUCCCUCGAAGUUAUAUUGUUCUGAUAUGGAAAAAGCAUGGGUUUGGCUUCCAAGGGCUAGCCUCGAAUAUUUCGAAGGAGCAACAGGCUUUGUUACUGCAUCAGCGAGGAGGUUAGGAGAUCCGACAGAAAUAUUAUGUCCCUGUACUCACUGCAGAAACCUUUCCCAUCAAGUUUUAGACAAAGUAACGGAGCAUCUUGUGAUUAGGGGUAUGGAUAAGAAGUAUAUGAGGAGUUCUUGUUGGAGUCUCAUGGUGAGAGAAGGUCUGAUAUGAAUGAUAGUGUCCCUCAAUCAGAAACAGAGGCUUAUGGUUUGCUAAGGACGGCUUAUUUUGAUAGUGGUGAACCUGAUGAACCGCCUUCUGAUGACACUGGAGGAGAGCCUGUACAUGGUGAACCUGAUGAAGACUCGGAGUUUAGGAAGAAGUUGAGAGAUGCUGAAACUCCAUUGUACUUGACAUGUAGCAAGCACACCAAAGUUUCUGCGAUCAUGGCCCUUUACCGCAUCAAAGUAAAGAGUGGAAUGUCAGAGGCUUACUUUGAUCAGCUACUGUCGGCAUUACAUGACAUGCUACCAGAAGGAAGCAAUAUGAGGAGUUGGAAACCUGCCCAAGAUGUAGUGCUUCUAGAUGGGAAAUUGAUAAGCACAGUAAUGAAGAAAAGAAAGGAAUUCCUGCAAAGGUCCUACGGUAUUUUCCGAUCAAAGACAGAUUCAAGAGGAUGUUUAGAUCAGCAAGGAUGGCUGAGGAUUUGCGAUGGCAUGCCAACAAUGCCACUGAAGAUGGUAUAAUGCGACAUCCUGUUGACUCGUUAUCU